AUGGAGCCCGAGCAGGGAUCUCACAUUCCCAUUGCCCCUCGGGGUAGCAUUCCACGCGUGUCACGGCUUCCUAUGCCACGUGCAGUCGCCUCCAGCGACAAUCUGAAACUGACCGUCCGGAACCCAGCGAUGCUGGGGAUUCACCAAGAUGACCUGCGCAAAACCUCAUAUCUCCCACGCCCAACGAUUCUCAAGGAGCCUCUAGGAGAGGCCAUCAAUCAAUCAAUUCGCUCGCGUUACGGGUGGAGUGACAAUCCUGUGAAAGAGAGAAGCACGUCUCCAGUACGAGACGCCCUUCGCGACGCUCAAGGCACCAGUCUCGAGACCACACCACCUGCUUCAAUUCCCGAUCCCCCCUUUUUCGAGGAUGGCAACGAGAAUCCCACUGUUGGCAAGAAGGAUGAUGGCGCACAAGAACAUAAGGAGAAGAAGAGACCUCGACCGUCCUUGUCCGAGAGAACUAUGGAAACACUCGCACAAGUUUCGCCCUGUCCAACGCCUCAAAGAAGGACGAGUCUAUUUGGUAACGACAGCAAGAUGCCUCCACCAUUGCGACCAGCGUCAAGUAUGCGAGAAUCUCGACCGACAACCCCAAAAGCCUCCCGGUCAGAUUCGCCGACGAGACGACCAUUUCGUCCCCCCGGGAGGAUCUCGCCUACGAAAGACAUGGUCGCUCUACCCCCUGUGAUCUCUCCAGAUGAUAUUUACACGCCCCCCAGAGCCUUUGUCAGAGGGCAGCGCUCCAGGAUCGGAAAACCUCUUCAAGGACCAAGAAGAUCCAUCAGUUCUACUCUUGAGGCUCGGUCACAGGAUGCUGGCGCUGAACUUCCAAUGAAAUUUUCGGCCCAGACCGUGAAGAUAAAGCGAUCUCAAGGGGGUAAAACCAGUAUGGCCGAGAAACCAUCACUAAGACCAUCACUAUCCUCCAUAUUCCAGGAUCGUUCAUCCAAGAAGGAAUCCGGUGGCAGCCUUGUUCCCUCUAUUACUGAUACUCGCCCAAUUCUGCUCAAGCCACGGCCGAGAGGGGAGCCUACAAUAGCAUCUUCGACAUCGCCUUCAGCACUUUCGAAGAAAACCAAGCCUACUACGGCCACAGAGCGAGACCAGCGUGUUGCAACGGCCCAAGGCUCACACACAACCAGCUCACCCAAGUCGUCGGCAGCUCUGCGAGAGGCAGUCGCAAAAGCCAAGGCUGCCAGGAGAAUCGCCCUCGUUGACUCUGGAUCCCCCCACACCACGCCUGUCUACCCUUCAGGGAGUCCGGCCUUUGUACCUGCAUCCAGCAACACUGAGCUAACGACCGCUAGCGACAACAACGGGUUGCUACAAAAGCGUAUCCAGCAAGCGUCAACCACCGGCCAACUGAGCAUCGCGGGAAUGAAUUUGAAGCGAAUACCGGCAGAAGUUAUGAAAAUUUACGAUGCGGACAACAGCACGAUCAAUUGGUUUGAGAUGGUGGACAUGGUCAAACUGAAUGCUGCGGAUAAUGAAAUUGACGAGUUGGAGGACCAUUUUUUUCCGGAUUACACGGCGUCGGAGUUGGCGGAUGAUGAUGAGAAAAGUAAUAUGUUCGGAGGGCUUCAGCUCAUUGACUUGUACAGAAAUCAUCUCCAUCAAUUGCCUAUAGGCAUGAGACGGCUGGAAAAAUUGCAAACCCUUAAUCUGAGCAACAAUAGACUCACGAAGGACGCCGUUGAUAUUGCCUGUCAGAUUCCUCAAUUGAGGGAACUCAUGAUUGGCGAAAACCUUAUCGAUGGAGCACUGAGUUUCAACGGUAACCACUUGAAGCAACUUCAAGUCCUGGAUCUGCAUGGCAAUCAAAUCGAGCGAUUGAAUGGGGACGGAUUGUCUCAGCUGAGAAGCCUUAAGGUUCUGAAUGUUGCCGGCAACAAGCUCACAAUGCUCCCUUGGGAGCUGCUCUCAACCUUGCCGCUCACAGAACUAAACAUCUCAAACAAUCAAUUGUCUGGCAUACUCUUCAAAGGCACGUCACCCUUACAGAGAUUACGCAGACUCGAUGCUUCUCACAACAAACUCGAAGGAGUUUCCGAAGCCGAACUCGAGCUGCCCGAUCUACGGUCGCUUGUCUUGGACGGUAACAGAAUAUCUGAGCUACCCGACUUGACAAGAUGCAAGGAGCUGCAAAUACUGGGAGUGGCAGAGAACCAGUUGAACGACAUACCGCCAACCCUUGUGCGUUUAGAGUCUCUAAAGAGCGCUGAUUUUGGACACAACAACAUCCGGCUCAUCAAUCCCGGAGUAGCAAGCAUGAAGAGUCUUUCAAGUCUCAAUUUAGCGGGGAACCCUCUUCGCGAGAAGAAAUAUAUCACAAUGACCACAACGGACCUAAAGAUGGAUCUCAACAAGAAAUUGGCCACCACUCCGACUGAGACAGAGCCCUCGGAUGCUGCCAGGAUCGCCGGAUCUUCAAAUCAUAGCUACCGUUACAAACCUUCGGGCGGUAUCUUGGACCUAUCUUCACAGUCCCUCACAGCGAUCUCCCCUGAAGCAAUCAACCUUUGCGAUUCAGAAGCGCCAAUACAUACCUUGAAACUGUCGAACAACGAACUCUCUGAAUUCCCCACUACACUGCUCUCUCAUCCGGCUCUGAAGUACUCAUUGCAGUCUUUAGACCUCAGCCAUAACCCUCUUCUUCAUCCGACCGACUACCUCGGCUGUGAGCUUUUCCUUCCAAAUCUCAAGUCUUUGUACAUUGUGAGCACCGGCCUUACCUCACUCGAUGCAUUGACAACCUAUCUGAAAGCACCAUGCCUAAGGGAGUUGAAUAUCUCAUGCCACCGGCUGACAGGCAGAGUGCCAUGGGUACGUGCAUGGUGGCCUAGUUGCCACACAUUGCUUGCCACAGACAACUGGUUCACUAGCGUCGAAGUGGAAGGAGUACGGGGCUUGGAGGUCUUGGACAUUCGCAAUAACGAAAUUGAGAGUCUCCCACCAAAGAUCGGAUUCCUUGGAAGUCUGUCGGGCACCGCAAAAGCACCUGGCAGAUUAAGAGUGUUGGAAGUUAGUGGUAACAAAUUCCGGGUUCCGAGGUUAUCAGUCAUUGAGAAGGGAACAGAGGCGGUUUUAAAAGAUUUGAGGCGGAUGGUCCCUGAACAAGAGGUACCUGAGGAAUGGCAAGACAUCAUUUGA